ACUACACGUGCGCAAACUCUGAAUCAACUUUCUUGUUUUUGCCGGUGAACUUGCCAACGGUCGUCACCAUUUGUCUGCGUUUCUGGCUUGAGAGAUAGCAGUAGCCAGUGCAUGAUAAAACUACACUACCUUCGGUCUGCUUUUACCCCGCCGACCCCCAGGCAGAUCCUGGAUGUGAUAGCUGUUUCCUAACUCAUCGAUGUGGUUUAGACGGCACUGCUGAGCUUGCCCGUGAUUUGAAUGUGGCAGUGUAAAGGUUGCAGUUCAAAGACCUCAACUAGAGGCCAGUUGCUUAAACAUUACAGAUUAAAUCAUCCACAUUAUGGGCGCAGGCACCCAUAUCCUUGCCCAUAUAGUAGUUGUCCAUGUACAUCUAAGUCAUGGAAUGCACUCAGGUCACAUUUGUGUAGAGUCCACACUAGAGAAACAUCACAGCAAACAUUGACAUUGACGACAUUCAGCUGUCAUGUUUGUGGGUUCUCUGAAGUUUCCUCUGAAAAGGAGUAUUUCACUCAUAUAAAUUUGCAUCUCAAAGCCAAUGAAACAGUCCCCUGCAUGUUCAAGGGCUGUACAUUUAGGACAAAUAUUUAUGGGACAUUUAAAUCACAUAAAAAUAGAAAGCACCUUGGUUAUUCUUACAGUGACUUUAAACCUGGAAUAGUUGCAGAAAGAGACAGUUUUGAGAGCUCAAGUGUUUCAGGUGAACAUGGAGACAAUGAAGAAUCAGAAGCAGCCCAGCUUGAAGUGCAGUCUAGUUUUCAGAGGGACUGCUCAGAAAAUCUUGAGAAGAUGAUAGAAGAGAAACUUGCAGCAGUGUUGCUUAAGCUGGAAAACAUACUCCAUGUUCCCAGCAAUGCAGUUGAUGAACUUUUACAGGACUUGCACUUCCUAAUAAGUUCCGCAUCCCAGACUACAUUAAAUACCAUUGUUUCAGAUUUUUGUACAAAGCAUAAUCUUGUUCUCGAUGCAAAAGAAACUGAGGAAUUGGCCUCUGCCUUCUGUCUUGCUAAUCCCUUGACCAAAGCAAUUGGAGAUCAGGGCCCACUUGGCACUGCUUUUAAGCGGAAACAGUACUUCAAAGACAAGUUCCAAGUAGUUGAACCAGUUGAAUAUGUUUUGGAUAAGGAGCGCAACCAUACCUACCAAUAUGUACCAUUAUUGCAGUCAUUGCAGCAGCUCCUUAGCAAAGAUGGUAUAAUUGAUGCUGUAGUAGAAAACUGGAGUGCUCACCAAAAUGAAACUGCACAAGAAUACAAGUCAUUUCAGGAUGGAGAAUUUUUCAAACAAAAUGAGUUCCUAUCUUCAGGGGAAUUGAGAAUACAUGUGACCCUUUAUAUUGAUGAGUUUGAAGUGUGCAACCCUCUGGGCACUUCCAGAAAGAAGCAUAAACUUUGCGCUAUGUACUGGAUUUUGAGCAACUUACCCCCAGGCCAGCACUCUUCUUUGUCAUCCAUCUACUUGGCAGUGCUGUGUAAAAGUAACUUGAUCAAGGAAUACGGAUAUGGGAAAGUGCUUGAACAUCUUUUGCGUGAUCUGGUUGUCUUGGAAGAGCAUGGCGUGUUUGUCCCACAGAUUGGAAAAAAUAUUCAAGGCACAGUACAAUGUGUUGCUGCAGACAAUCUCGGUGCCCAUGGAAUUGCAGGCUUUGUGGAAAGUUUUUCAGGAAAGUUUGUUUGUCGAUUUUGCACAGGGAGUUUCAGUGAUUUUCAGACCAAGCAGGUUCUGUCGGAAUCAGGCAUGCCAAUGUCUGUUGAGGAUCUUGCAAAUGAGAUCAAACGUCAGUUUGAUAUAGAGGAGGACAUUAGACUCCAGUACAUGGACAGUGACUUUGAUAACGAAUUUACCUCAGCCAAGGCAGCAUGA